GAAAAGUUCCAGCUGAAAUUAAGUUAAUUUUUUUUUAAAUAACAAUAAAAGUGAUAAAAAAUUAACUGACAUCUCCUAAAAAAUCAACAAAACAAGGACUACGUUAAAACUAAAUUGUUCAAUCGUGUUUCAGCCAUGUUGGAAUACACAGACUUUCAAACUGUAUGCCCUGAUGACUUGACCGCUGCUUUGGGUUUUCAAAUUUACCAGGACUUGAAAAAUGAAACGGACUUCGAUUUACAACCAAACUUUGAUGACAAUCUAAAAGUGUUUUAUUUAAAUAAUAAUAACAAAGCUUACCUACCUAUUCUUCACACAAAGGAAGUUGACUUUAGAAUUCUGGAAGCUUUGCAGGAAAAACUGAAAAAUAUAACUCUAUUCCUGGCCAUCGUAGACAACACAGCAAAUAUUUUAUAUUACCAAAUUAACGAAGGUCUCUGCGAAAAGCUUCCCAACAAAAACUUGAUUUGAGUAAUAGCGAUAGAUACAUUUAUUUAAAAUCAUAUCAUAAAUAUAAAUUACAGUCACAACUUGAAGCUAAACAAAGUGACUGGAUGCUGACCAAUUCGAUUUGACAUAUUUAAAAUGAAAUCGAUUAUAGCAACAAAACGUGGGUAUAAUCAUAAUAAAAAUGACAAUAGAA